GGCCGAGGGGCGGGGUGAGGACUGCGCAGGCUCAGCUUCUCAGCUGGAAGAGGAAGUCCCGAGUGCAGGCGUCUGCGGCCCCCAUGGUGACCAGACCGACUUCCGCCCGACCCGCCCACCUCUACCGGCCCCUAAUCCCGCGAGGCGCACCAUGGCAACCAGACUUCUGCGUCGCGGAAGCGGGUGCCGCAGGUCGCCACGGUUGGGGGAAACGCGGCGGACGCCGCCCCCGUCCCGAAGGGGACUCGAAAAUGUACAGCCAGCGGUUUGGCACCGUACAGCGGGAGGUUAAGGGCCCCACCCCCAAAGUGGUGAUCGUGAGAUCCAAGCCUCCUAAAGGCCAAGGAGCUGAGCACCAUCUAGAAAGAAUCCGACGCAGCCAUCAGAAGCAUAAUGCUAUUUUGGCUUCCAUUAAGUCAAGUGAGCGGGAUCGCUUGAAAGCUGAGUGGGACCAGCACAAUGACUGCAAGAUUUUGGACAGCCUUGUGCGAGCAAGAAUCAAGGAUGCUGUGCAAGGGUUUAUCAUUAACAUUGAAGAAAGACGAAAUAAGCUACGUGAGCUUUUAGCAUUAGAAGAAAAUGAGUAUUUUACAGAAAUGCAAUUGAAGAAAGAAACCAUUGAGGAGAAAAAAGAUAGGAUGAGAGAGAAAACUAAAUUACUAAAAGAGAAGAAUGAAAAAGAGAGGCAGGAUUUUGUGGCUGAAAAGCUAGACCAGCAAUUCAGGGAACGCUGUGAGGAGCUCCGUGUUGAAUUGUUUUGUAUCCAUCAGAAGAAGGUGUGUGAGGAGCGGAAAGCACAGAUUGCAUUUAAUGAGGAGCUGAGCAGGCAAAAGCUGGUGGAAGAGCAGAUGUUCUCCAAACUCUGGGAGGAAGACCGAUUAGCCAAGGAAAAGCGAGAAGCCCAAGAGGCGAGGAGACAGAAAGAGCUGAUGGAGAACACACGCCUGGGGCUGAAUGCCCAGAUCACCAGCAUCAAGGCACAAAGGCAGGCGACACAGCUGCUGAAGGAAGAGGAGGCACGCCUUGUGGAAAGUAACAACGCACAGAUUAAACAUGAGAAUGAACAGGAUAUGCUAAAGAAACAGAAGGCAAAGCAGGAAACUAGGACCAUUUUGCAAAAAGCCCUACAAGAGAGGAUAGAACAUAUUCAGCAGGAAUACAGAGACGAACAGGACUUGAACAUGAAGCUCGUGCAAAGGGCCCUUCAAGACUUACAGGAAGAGGCAGAUAAAAAGAAACAAAAAAGAGAAGAUAUGAUAAGAGAACAGAAGAUAUACCAUAAAUAUUUGGCACAGAGACGUGAGGAAGAAAAAGCUCAGGAGAAAGAAUUUGACAGAAUAUUAGAGGAAGACAAGGCAAAGAAGUUGGCUGAGAAGGACAAGGAGCUGAGACUUGAAAAGGAGGCAAGGAGACAGCUUGUGGAUGAGGUCAUGUGUACAAGAAAACUUCAAGUUCAAGAAAAGUUGCAACGAGAAGCUAAAGAACAGGAAGAACGUGCUAUGGAACAGAAACACAUAAAUGAAAGUCUUAAAGAACUUAACUGUGAAGAGAAGGAGAAUUUUGCAAGGCUGGACCCCUGGACUGAACAGAAAAAGAGAAAAAGAAAAGGAAGGAAUGGAGAGGAAAAGGUCAGGCUUUACAGGAGGGCUUGUGAGCCUUCCAGCCACUGCACAGUGCAAGACGCCAACGUUUAGCCCAGGAGUACAGGAAGCAACUUCAGAUGCAAAUCGCCUACCAGCAGCAGUCCCAAGAAGCAGAGAAGGAAGAGAAACGCCGAGAGUUUGAAGCAGGUAUAGCAGCAAACAAGAUGUGUUUGGACAAGGUCCAGGAGGUCCUGUCCACCCAUCAAGUGCUGCCUCAAAACAUUCAUCCCAUGCGCAAGGCAUGCCCCAGUAAGCUUCCACCGUAGUUCCGUGAGCAUCAAUAUAUCUUUUCUUGGUCUUUUAAUAUUUUUAACUACAGUAUGCUUGUAUGCUUCUUUUAACUCCUGGAUAAACUUUUCUUUUUUUCCCUGA